AUGAGCCGCUACAUUCGAAACCAGAUUCCGUACGGCGAGAAUCACAAUGAAGUGCUGAUCGUGUUGGUGAUGAUAGCCAUGGUGUUGGUAUUGUUGUGUUUCCUGAUCGUUUGCAACUGUUUGUUACAUUGUAACUGUCCGAAAUGGAAGAAGAAGAGAGAGGAGAAGGUACGAUGUGAUUGUGAAGAAGAUUACUUCCAACAUGUCAAUAGGUUGCUGGCAAAACAUCAGGAAAUCGAAGAGAAACGCCGGUUGGAGUUGGAGAAUUUGAAGGAAAAUGAAUGUGUAAGUAGUUUUAAAAUCUAAGUAAUUCACAAUAUCGUAUUUUACACUAAAAUCUCAAAAAAUAACGUCAGAAAAAACAAAUAUCUUUUACUUACCACCACAAUUUCAGCCAGAAUCCUAUCUCCCUCUACUGGCCCGCUCAUUGCCAGGAUCUCGAGCAUCUUCGCCAGCACGUCGCCGAGUACGUCACAGCUCAACUAGCUCAGCUCCAGUGAAACGAGAACUCAAAGAUGACCUAGAACAGUUUAAAGUAGAUCAUCGAGUACAAAUCAAAGCUCCAACAUCUCCAGUAAAUGAUACUGAACUUUCACCACGAUCUGUCAUUGUCAGAAGACCUUCGCCAGCUCUAAAGCAUGUUAGCAAGGCCGUCUCGACAUCUAGUUUCAACGAUGCUCAAACACAAACUAUGUAAGUUGAUAUUUGUCAAAAAAGGUAACAAAAACUAAGCUUUGAACAUACAAAAAAUUAAUAUUAUUCAUAACAAUCGAUUUAAAGCCAUUUUUUAAGCCUAAAGCAAUAUUUUUUGCAAUUUUUAUAAUUUAAAAUUUGAAAAACAAUGCAAAAUAACUUACUUUAUCCAAAUUUAAUUCCAGAGUACCAUUAAUUGUCCUAAAACGACCGCCGAAACGCAUAGAAACCACCGUCUGA